AUGGCAUCUUCGUCUUCGGCACCAGGGAUCCCUGUUACACUCGAGACACCAGCACCGGCGCCGCCAGCUCAAAGCAUCUUGGAGUAUCUUACGGUGAAGAACCCGGACAUAAACCACCAGGAAGCGGGAAAGUCUCUGACCGACAAAAGGCAGUACUGGGUCCCAAAGCUGGUCAAGCCAUGGCACGAAUUCGAGUUCAACACCAUGGAGAAGAUCUUCGGCCGAGAGCUUAUGACAGAGUGUAGGCGGCCCAGAGUCAUGCACCACGUCUUUCCGCCCCCUCAUCCUGAGAGGGACCUCAUCGAGAAGCUCGAAGACACCACCAGGUGGAUUCUAGGGAGUUGGACCAUCCGCAUGGUGAACUCGGCACUGGAGCCCGUUGAGAAAUCCCUAAACCCGGUGUUCUGGACUGCGCAAAGCCUCGCCGCGCCCACUGCCACCAGUGUGGCUCCGUCAUUGUCCAGCACCGGAAGAGCGACAGCCGGGGUCAGGAGCCAACCGAAGCGGCGUGCUAGCUCGCAGAAUCCGGCAGCCGAGACCAGGCCUCGGAGAGCCAGGUCUCUCGUUCCAGACGGGACAGGGCUAUCUCACGAGAGCCUUUUAGCUUUGGCUGUGCCGACAUCUGAAACAGGGAAUCUCGGAGAAUGGACAUAUGCUGGCCGGCUUCCAAAGGAGAUCAAACCAGGGACGAAGUGGAGCAGUGAACGUCUCGAUCGAGGACAGAUUGUCGAUCAGAACGGGAGGUGGAAGGAAGGCCAGCAGUGGCGUAACUACUCUGCUCCCCUAAGGCAGAUAUACACGUACUGUGCCCGAGCUAAGAGUAGAUAUGGAUGCAUCGUGACAAGCAAGGAGGUCGUGGUCGUCAGGAUCCGACCAGAAAAAGAGGAUGAUGGUCCAGCAGAGGAGGGGACUUCUGGUGGUGACUCAUCAAAACGAGGAGACAACUUGAGUUCAGAUUUGAGGAGUCGCGGUUUGAUGGAAUGGAAAUCGAUCAAGUGGUCGGAGCACAGGAGAGAGGAGCUGGUCGAGGAAUACAGGGAACUAACCAUGAACCUGGCUCUCUGGAUCAUGCACGUACUCGCAGGGAACGAUUGCGAGAUCAAACGGCGGUAUGAUCCAUUAAGCCAAGAGGAAAAGAGGACAUCAACAAUAUCAUCACCGUCCCCGUGGCCAGUUCCCAUCAGUCUGACGUCCAGCAUGGCCUACUCUAUGGCUGAAUCGCAGCAGCCGCAGUUGCGGGAGCCUCGAGGUCAUGGGAACCCUUUCCAGGACAGCUUCACCUCUGCGAGCGACUUGGGUGCCAGUUUCAACAGUACCGCUAGUCGUAAAAGGCGGCGCGAAUCACCGGACGUUGGAUUGGCGAGAGGGAGACCACGCUGCCAGCGCUGA